GUCCGCCGUGUACUGUUGUCACCGACUGGCUACGAUGGUGGAGAGCUACGAGUAUUCUCAGUUCGGAGCGAUACGGGAAUUUUCUCCUAUUCAAGCAGUAUCCGGAGCAAGCAGCGGGUUCGCACUUAAUCUCUAUCAGGACUUAUCGACACAGCCAGGUAACAUCUUCUUCUCGCCUCUUAGCAUACAGAUAGCACUCGUGCUGGUGUAUCUUGGGGCGAAAGGAAAUACAGCAUUCGAGAUAGCGAGAGGACUGCAUUUAAGAGAUAAUAAGCAAGUCAUUGGGGCUGCUUUCAGUGAAGUAAUGCGACAACUAAAUGGGUACGAUGAAGUAUCGCUUCAGAUCGCUAAUGAAGUUUUCUUGAAACGCGGUUUUAAAAUAAAAAACAAAUUCAAACAUGCGGCUACUGCAUUCAACUCGGGAGCCGAGGAACUGGACUUCAAUCGACCUGAAGAGUCAAGGGCGCAAAUUAAUGGAUGGAUAGAAGAGAAAACUCAAAGGAAGAUAAAAAAUUUAAUAAAGCCAGGUGUUCUGUCAUCUUUUACUCGGAUGGUCAUAGCAAAUGCAGUUUACUUCAAAGGAGAAUGGGUAAAACAAUUCGAGAAAACGAGUACUUCGCCGAUGCUUUUCCAUUCGGAACGAGCAACAAAUGUGGAGAUGAUGUUUGUGAAGGAAAGAUUCAAGUACACUUACCUGCCACAGCUGGAUUCCCAGGUUCUUCUCCUGCCUUACAGGGGUGAGCGGUUCUCCAUGAUGGUUCUGCUGCCGAAGAGAGUAAACGGUCUGUUUGCUGCUGAGAGGAGGAUAGGGGGCAUAGACCUCUUUGACGUUGCAGACCACACAUACUGGCAAACAGUGCACGUGUACCUACCAAAGUUCAAAAUGGAGUACGAAAGAGAACUUGAAGAAAUUUUACCAGGUCAUGGCAUGGUAGAUAUGUUCGACAUACACAGGGCUAACUUCACUGGAAUCAGCGAUGCACCACUUGCAGUCAGCAACGUCAUACACAAGGCGUUCAUCGAAGUCAACGAGGAAGGAACGGAAGCAGCGGCGGCCACUGUUGCUGAAAUUGCUGUCCUCUCUACAGCCGUAUCACCGCCACCGCAGUCCAUUCUAUUCAGAGCUGAUCGGCCGUUCGCCUUCUUCAUACUAGACCUAGAGACGAGAAUGGUGCUCUUCGCUGGACGGCUCUCUUCUCCGGAUGUAUAACAAAUUAGAACGCUUAAAGAAAAUUUUUAACGCUUUUAUCAAAUAGUUAAUUACUCUUAUCGUUAUUGUUAGUAGUAUUAUUAGCCUUAGUAUUUAUUACUAUUAUUUAUUGUUAUUAUUGUUAGUGUUUCUGCUUUAAAAUACCGCUCGUAAAAAGUCAGAUAUCAGUUCAUGUAUUA